UGAAAUGAGUAAACGAAGAAAUGAUGAGUAAGAAUUUAAGAGCGAGUCGAAAAGAAAAAAAUGGUGAAUGAAGAGGGUAACAAUAGACCCCAUUAGUCAUGAGUGUUGAAUGUGGGAAGUUUAUUUGGACAAGAGGCUGAGAAGCAUUCGAAUGAUGGACAUGGAGAAGCUCACAACUGUGGUCGUCCUCCUCUUGGUCCAUUCCAAUGCAGCAAAAGGGGCCAUGAGUGUAGGUGUUGGCAUUGGGCUUGGCAGUCCCCCAGCCCCCUCUGGAUCCCCUGUGGCAAGCCUCACCAAUGCCUACACUGCACUCCAGGCAUGGAAAUCUGCCAUCACUGAUGACCCUUUGAAGAUCCUAGACACAUGGGUUGGUCCCAAUGUGUGUGGCUACAAGGGUGUCUUCUGUGCAGACUCUGAGGAUGGCAUUGCCACAACAGCAGCAACUGAGUCCUCACUUGUUGCAGCCAUAGAUCUCAACCAUGCAAACCUCCAGGGGACCCUUGUCAAGGAACUCUCUCUUCUCUCUCACAUCACUCUUCUCCACCUCAACUCCAACAGGCUCUCUGGCUCCCUCCCUGACACCUUCAGAGACCUCACCUCCCUCCAAGAGCUCGACCUCAGCAACAACCUCCUCUCAGGCCCUUUCCCCUCCGUCACCCUUUACAUGCCAACCCUCAUCUACUUGGACCUCAGGUUCAACAACUUCUCUGGGCCACUCCCUCAGGACCUCUUCAACAAGAAGCUUGAUGCAAUAUUUCUCAACAACAACAACUUUGAAGGUGAAAUCCCUCAGAGUUUGGGAAACUCACCUGCCUCAGUCAUCAACCUUGCCAAUAACAACCUCUCUGGGAACAUCCCUUUUAGCUUUGCCUUCAUGAGUUCUAGGCUAAAGGAGAUUCUCUUCCUUAAUAACCAACUAACAGGUUGCAUUCCCCAAGGAGUAGGGAUCUUCACUGAAUUGCAAGUUUUUGAUGUCAGCUUCAACUCACUCAUGGGCCAUUUGCCUGACACAAUGAGUUGCUUGCAACAAAUUGAGGUUCUUAACUUGGCACAUAACAAGCUCUCUGGGGAAUUGUCAAAUGUCGUCUGCUCCUUGAGAAGUUUGUUGAAUCUAACCGUUGCUUACAAUUUCUUCUCUGGGCUCAGUGGGGAAUGUUCAAGGCUGUUCAAUGUGGGAUUUGAUUUCUCGGAUAACUGUAUUCCUGGGAGGGAUAUGCAAAGACCACAACCAGACUGUUCUAUUAUCCCUGGUGGAAGUCUCAAUUGUCUUAGAAUUCCCACUCCGAAUCCUCUUGUUUGUGCUGCUCUCGCUGAAAAUUUGUCUAAGCACACAAACGCGCGCUCCUCUUCUCCCUGAUGGCUACAGGUUCGUCGUGCCUUUUUACCUUAGUUAAUGCUGCAACUACUGCCAAUUUUAUUCUUCGUGGAUUCCGUAUACAUGUUACUAUGUUAGUAGUAACUAGUAAGUAUAUUUAUUAUAUAUACUUGGCCCGCACCAUAAGAUGUGCCUUGGUUUUGUGGGCAACGAGAUUUGCAAAACUUCUGUGAUGCUGUUAACAAUCAAGAUAAUUUGUGUGUCACGUGGCAUGCUUUGCUUCAUUUGGUUA